CCCCCGGGUUUCCCGCCAGCCCGAGCCGCGCGGUGGAUGGGGUGCCUGUAGUCGCUCGGUCCGACGUACCGGCUGCGCCUGGCUCCCCGUCGCUAUGUCGCGACAGAGCACCUUGUACACCUUCUUCCCCAAGUCGCCUUCGCUGAAUAAUGGCAACAAGGCCCCAGGCAGGACCUCAGGCGGAGGCAGCACCGCCACCCGGGCCUCUCCUUCUGCCAGCGGGGAUGCGGCCUGGAGCGAGGCCGGGCCGGGGCCCUUGGCGGGCUCUGGGUCGCCGCCCGAGCCGAAGAAGCUCAACGGAGGGCUGCGGAGGCCGGCGGCGCCCGCGGUCCCCGCCAGCAGUUCUUGUGACUUCUCACCAGGUGAUUUGGUUUGGGCCAAGAUGGAGGGUUACCCUUGGUGGCCUUGCUUGGUUUACAACCACCCCUUUGAUGGAACAUUCAUCCGUGAGAAAGGGAAAUCUGUCCGCAUUCAUGUGCAGUUUUUUGAUGACAGCCCUACAAGGGGCUGGGUUAGCAAAAGGCUGUUAAAGCCAUAUACAGGUUCAAAAGCAAAGGAAGCCCAGAAGGGAGGUCAUUUUUACAGUGCAAAGCCUGAAAUACUCAGAGCAAUGCAAAGUGCAGAUGAAGCCUUAAAUAAAGACAAGAUUAAGAGGCUUGAAUUGGCAGUGUGUGAUGAGCCCUCAGAGCCAGAAGAGGACGAGGAGAUGGAGGUAGAUGCAACCAAUACAUCAGAUAAGCAUGAAGAAAAUAAUGAAAUUGACAGCGAAGAGGAAGUACAGCCUAAGACACAAGGAUCCAGGCGUAGUAGCCGCCAGAUAAAAAAACGCAGAGUCAUAUCAGACUCUGAGAGUGACGCUGGUGGUUCUGAUGUGGAGUUCAAACCAGAUGCUAAGGAGGAAGGAAGCAGCGAUGAAAUAAGCAGUGGAGUGGGGGACAGUGAGAGUGAAGGCCUAUACAGUCCCGUCAAAGUUGCUCCAAAGCGGAAGAAGACAAUGACUGGAAACGGCUCUCUCAAAAGGAAAAAUUCAAGGAAGGAAAUGCCCUCAGCCACUAAAAGAGCAACUGGCAUUUUGUCAGAAACGAAGAGUACUCUGAAUGCCUUCUCUGCCCCUCAAAAUUCUGAAUCCCAAUCCCACGUUAGUGGAGGAGGUGACGACAGCAGUCGUCCCACUGUCUGGUAUCAUGAGACUUUAGAGUGGCUUAAGGAGGAGAAGAGAAGAGAUGAACGCAGGAGGCGGCCCGAUCACCCUGAUUUUGAUGCAUCCACACUCUUUGUGCCUGAGGAUUUCCUUAAUUCCUGUACUCCUGGGAUGAGGAAGUGGUGGCAAAUUAAGUCUCAGAAUUUUGAUCUUGUCAUCUUUUAUAAGGUGGGGAAAUUUUAUGAGUUGUAUCACAUGGAUGCUCUCAUUGGAGUCAAUGAACUGGGACUGGUAUUCAUGAAAGGCAACUGGGCCCAUUCUGGUUUCCCUGAAAUUGCAUUUGGCCGAUACUCAGAUUCCCUGGUGCAGAAGGGUUACAAGGUAGCGCGAGUGGAACAAACUGAGACCCCGGAAAUGAUGGAGGCACGAUGCCGGAAGAUGGCACACAUAUCUAAGCAUGAUAGAGUGGUGAGGAGGGAGAUCUGUAGGAUCAUAACCAAGGGUACACAGACCUACAGUGUGCUGGAAGGUGACCCCUCUGAGAACUACAGCAAGUAUCUUCUUAGCCUCAAGGAAAAAGAGGAAGAUUCUUCUGGCCACACCCGUGUGUAUGGUGUGUGCUUUGUUGAUACCUCGCUGGGAAAGUUUUACGUAGGUCAGUUUUCAGAUGAUCGCCAUUGUUCCAGGUUUAGGACUCUAGUGGCACACUACCCUCCGGUCCAAGUCUUGUUUGAGAAAGGAAAUCUCUCAGCGGAAACUAGGAUGAUUCUGAAGAGUUCGUUAUCGUCUUCUCUUCAGGAAGGCCUGAUGCCAGGCUCCCAGUUUUGGGAUGCAGCCAAAACUUUGAGAAUUCUCCUUGAAGAUGGAUACUUUACAGAAAAGCUAAAUGAGGGCAGUGGGGUGAUGUUACCCCAGGUGCUUAAAGGUAUGACCUCAGAGUCUGAUUCCAUUGGGUUGACACCAGGAGAGAAGAGUGAACUGGCCCUAUCUGCUCUGGGUGGUUGCAUUUUCUACCUCAAAAAAUGCCUUAUCGACCAGGAACUUUUAUCAAUGGCUAAUUUUGAGGAAUAUACUCCUUUGGAUUCUGACAUGGUCAGUGCCGCAAAGCCUGGUGCUAUCUUUGUUAAAGCCAAUCAACGAAUGGUGCUAGAUGCAGUGACGUUAAAUAACUUGGAGAUUUUUCUGAAUGGGACAAAUGGUUCUACUGAAGGGACCCUGCUAGAGAGAAUUGACACCUGCCAUACUCCUUUUGGUAAGCGGCUCCUAAAGCAGUGGCUUUGUGCCCCACUCUGUAGCCCUUUCCCUAUCAAUGAUCGACUAGAUGCCAUAGAAGACCUCAUGGUUGUGCCUGACAAAAUCUCUGAGGUUGUAGACCUUUUAAAGAAGCUUCCAGACCUUGAGAGGCUGCUGAGCAAAAUACAUAAUGUUGGGUCUCCUCUGAAGAGCCAGAACCACCCAGACAGCAGGGCUAUAAUGUAUGAAGAGACUACAUACAGCAAAAAAAAGAUCAUUGAUUUUCUUUCUGCUCUGGAAGGAUUCAAAGUAAUGUGUAAAAUUAUAGAGGUAAUGGAAGAAGUUGUUGAUGACUUUAAUUCUAAACUCCUUAAACAGGUCAUUACCCUCCAGACAAAAAAUCCUGAAGGCAGAUUUCCUGAUUUGACUACAGAAUUGAAACGAUGGGAUACAGCCUUUGACCAUGAAAAGGCUCGUAAGACUGGACUUAUCACUCCAAAAGCAGGAUUUGACUCAGAUUAUGACCAAGCUCUUGCCGACAUAAGAGAAAAUGAACAGAGCCUCCUGGAGUAUUUAGAGAAACAGCGCAGUCGGAUUGGCUGCAGGACCAUAGUCUACUGGGGGAUUGGCAGGAACCGUUAUCAGCUGGAGAUUCCAGAGAGUUUCACCAUCCGGAACUUGCCAGAAGAAUAUGAGUUGAAAUCUACCAAGAAGGGCUGUAAACGAUACUGGACCAAAACAAUCGAGAAGAAGUUGGCUAAUCUGAUAAACGCUGAAGAACGGAGAGACGUGUCAUUGAAGGACUGCAUGCGGCGGCUAUUCUAUAACUUUGAUAAAAAUUACAAGGACUGGCAAUCUGCUGUAGAGUGUAUUGCAGUAUUGGACGUCUUGUUGUGUCUGGCUAACUAUAGUCGAGGAGGUGAUGGCCCUAUGUGUCGUCCAGUAAUCCUGUUGCCAGAAGAUGACAAUCCCCCCUUCUUAGAGCUUAAAGGAUCACGCCACCCCUGCAUUACGAAGACCUUUUUUGGAGAUGACUUUAUUCCUAAUGAUAUCCUAAUAGGCUGUGAGGAAGAGGAGGGAAAUGGCAAAGCUUAUUGUGUGCUUGUUACUGGACCAAAUAUGGGGGGCAAAUCUACACUCAUGAGGCAGGCUGGCCUGUUAGCUGUAAUGGCCCAGAUGGGUUGCUAUGUACCUGCUGAAGUGUGCAGGCUCACACCGAUUGAUAGAGUGUUUACUAGACUUGGUGCCUCAGACAGAAUAAUGUCAGGUGAAAGUACAUUUUUUGUUGAGCUGAGUGAGACUGCCAGCAUCCUGACACACGCGACCGCACAUUCUCUGGUGCUUGUGGAUGAACUAGGAAGAGGUACUGCAACAUUUGAUGGGACAGCAAUAGCAGAUGCAGUUGUUCAGGAACUCGCUGAGAACAUAAAAUGCCGUACACUGUUUUCUACUCACUACCACUCCUUAGUAGAAAAUUAUUCUCAAAAUGUUGCCGUGCGCCUAGGACACAUGGCAUGCAUGGUAGAAAACGAAUGUGAAGACCCCAGCCAGGAGACUAUUACCUUCCUCUAUAAAUUCAUUAAGGGAGCCUGUCCUAAAAGCUACGGCUUUAAUGCAGCCAGGCUUGCUAAUCUCCCGGAGGAGGUCAUCCAAAAGGGACACAGGAAAGCAAGAGAGUUUGAGAAGAUGACCAAGUCACUGCGGUUAUUUCGGGAAGUUUGCCUGGCUAGUGAAAGGUCAACUGUAGAGGUUGAAGCUGUCCAUAAGUUGUUGACUUUGAUUAAGGAAUUAUAGACUACAUUGGGAAAGUUUGGCUUUUGACGAAGGUGGUAACUUCAGACAACAUUAUUAUGAUCUAAUAAACUUUAUUUUUUAAAAAUGACCAUUUUUCCAUUUUCUUUCUAGGAAAUUAAACCCUUUUAAUUCUUAUCUACCUUCUACAUAAUGGUUAUUGAAUACUCCACAAUAUAUUAAGUCUAGAUGUUAUGGUACAUGCAUACACUUUCAGGCUGUUUAUACCCACUGUCACCAAUACACAUAAAUGGGGGGGAAAAAAGCUAUGAAACUGUAUAGGGCUGUAUAUAUACUUGUCUCAGCUUAAUGCAGGAAAUUUUUUUUUAAUUCCCAGCAGUUUUGUCUAAACUGUUCAAAAAAAAACUAUGAACAGAGUUCAAAUACAGGACUGUUUUGAAGAGACUUUCUAAAGUGUCCUUUAAAACAUAGUAGUUUUUACCUUUCACAAACUGAGUUACAAGAAUACUUGUGUUUUACAGUGCAUCCCUUCCUAGGAAGUCUCGUGAAAACACUCUUUCUAGGGGUGGUUUCUGAAUGCUGCACAGAGAAGGGAAGGAAAUAAUAGUCUUAACUUUUCUUAAAGGAUACCAGAAACAUUGCUGGAUAUAAUUUAAGAUUAGUGUUUUCUCUUUCAUAGAAAGAACGUACAUACUGGGACAUGAGUACAGUUACAGCAAGUCUAGGUGUGCUAACAAAACAGGGCACGUUCAAGUACAAUAAGAUUUUGCUUGAAAUUAAAAACAAACUACAUGAGAUUAAAGCAUUAAAAUCAUAUUUCUCAAUCUGAAUACAUGUUAAAAAACAAACAAACAAACAAAAAAACAAAAAAAACCAAAAGAAACACGGAAGUGCUAACUCACAUUUUUACCAUAUUACAAAAGCAAUUGGUACCCAUGUCCAUAAGGGCAGCAACAAAGCUGCUUGUCUACUGAAGAUUACUACUGCCAACUGGACUGCAUUCAAUGCUAGUUGUAAAAACACCAGCUUUUCAGAAGUUGGUAUCUGUACAAAAUU